UAUAUAAGUACGCGCGCGGUGUCGGGCGAUGCUCAGAACAAGCAUUCCGCGCAGCGCGAGCGAGGACGCACGAGACAUAGAGAGAGAGAGAGAGAGAGAGAGAGAGAGAGAGAGAGAGAGAGAGAGACUGCACCAGCUCGCUCGCGCUGUUCCGCUUCAGGAUUUGUUGAAUAAAGUACACAAUGGUGUUUGGUGUUCCGUCUCGCGGACGUGUUGCUCGGUGGAAGACCGGAUUAACGCGCGCGCACUAGCCCAGUUUGAAUCUGUGAGUGGAUUAUAAAGGAAAACUUCUUUUCCUUUUUUUUUUUUUUUUUUUUUUUUUGUCUCUCUCCAACUCCUGGAAUUUGCCCACUGACCGGAUUUAAGCGUUGUCUCGCGCGCCGUCUCUGCUCCAGCCGCUCGCGGUAAGCAGGAGCGACAGAGGGAGGAAAAAGAGAACGAGAAAGAGAGAAGCUGUCCGUGUCAUGGCCUCUGGCCUGUGAUCGUCGCCGCGAGCUUCCUGCCCCGAGACGCACCGAACUGAUCAGGAUGAAGAGCGAGUUUGUGUCGUUUCCGCUGUGCGCCGUCACGCUGCUCACGCUGGCUCUGUCGCAGCACUGCGCCGCCAUCCGAUGGCUGGCUAUAUCCCAGACAGCGGAGCACAUUAAUAAGACGCAGCAGUGUAAGACGCUCCCCGGCCUGGUGUCGUCGCAGGCUCAGCUCUGCCGCACUAACCUGGAGCUCAUGCAGAUCAUCGUCCAAGCCGCACGUGAGGUCAAAAAGACGUGCCAGAAAACGUUCGCUGACAUGCGCUGGAACUGUUCCUCCAUCGACGCUCCCAAAUACCUCCCAGACCUGGAGAGAGGAACGAGGGAGUCUGCGUUUGUGUACGCUCUCUCCGCCGCCGCUAUCAGCCACACCAUUGCUCGAGCAUGCACCAGCGGAGAUUUGAAGCUGUGUACGUGCGGCCCGAUCCCAGGUGACGCUCUCGAGCCCGGGCACAGGUGGGGCGGCUGUGCCGACAACCUCCACUACGGCCUCGUCAUGGGAUCAAAGUUCUCAGACGCUCCCAUGAAGAUGAAGAAGAAAACCGGGUUACACCCAAACAAACUAAUGCACCUGCACAACAGCGAAGUGGGUCGACAGGCCUUAAAGGAUGCGCUGGUGAUGAAAUGCAAGUGUCACGGCGUCUCAGGCUCCUGCUCCAUCCGCACCUGUUGGCGAGGGCUACAGGAUCUGAAGGAAAUCGCUCAGGACCUGAAGACGAAGUACCUGUCAGCCACUAGAGUGAAGCACCAGCCUACAGGGACGCGCAAGCAGCUCGUCCCCAAAGACAUCGACGUGCGACCGGUGCGAGAGAACGAGCUGGUGUACCUGCAGAGCUCGCCCGACUUCUGCGCCAAGAACGACAAGAUGGGAUCCAUCGGCACUCAGGACAGGCAGUGCAACAAGACGUCGAGCGGGAGCGACAGCUGCGAUCUGAUGUGCUGCGGACGAGGCUACAACCCGUACACAGAGAAAGUGGUGGAGCGCUGCCACUGCAAGUACCACUGGUGCUGCUACGUCACCUGUAAGAAGUGUGAGAGGACUGUGGAGAGAUACGUGUGUAAAUGAGUCUCUCACACACACACAUACACACACGCUGACGAUCCGAGCUGGAAUUCUACCGCAUAUACAUCUAUAACACUUAUACAUUUCUGCAUUUGGGAGCUCUGAUUAUCCGUCUUUAACCAAAAGCACUAAGCUACAAAGAAAGCUGGCGUUUCUCCUAACGCUUUUUUUGUUUUUAUAUAUAUAUAUAUAUAUAUAUAUAUAUAUAUAUAUAUAUAUAUAUAUAUAUAUAUAUAUGUAUGUAUAUAUAUAUUUUUUUUUUCCCCCAAUGAUUUUUUUUUACAUUUUUGAUUUCGGUAUGAACUUUGACCAACCCAGAGACUGGACUAAUCUGCAUUUUCCAAAAAAAAAAUAAAAUAAAAAAAUCACGACUGGCCGUCCUUUUUUUUUUUUUUUUUUUUUUUUUUUUAAGGCAUAUCAUAUCUGGAGUUUUAUUCUAAUACGUGAAAUACUUUUUUUGUAUUAAUAUCAUAAAAAGCAAUGCAGUGACUGGACUAUUAUGCAACCAGCUGUCCUAAAGGGAACAGUGUCAUCCUUUUCUUUUUGUUAAAGCAUCUCUUAUAUAAAGAUAUCAAAAGUUUAUUUUCUUAUAUGAUAUUCUAAAGAAAAAGUUUUAUUUUGGGUUUCAGGAAUAAAUAUUGGAGAAAAACAACAACAACAACAACAACAAAAACAGCCCCGAGUUCAGAGAAUUUUUCACUUUCCAAACAUUUAUUUCAAUUUUUUAAAACCGGCCAUCCUUAAAGAGAACUCUGUAAUUAUUUUAAUACACAGCUUAUAUUUGAUAUUUUUUUCUUGUAUGAUACAGAGAAACAUCUUAUUUUAUUUGUAUUUUUUUUGGAAAUCAGAAAGCGAUCAGACUUUUUCGCUUUUUUCUUUUUUUUCCAAUGACCGACUGUCUAAAGAGAACUUUACUCAGUUUUUUAAAGCACAUCUUAUAUCUGGAUAUUAAAAGUUUAUUUUCUUAUACAAUACUUAAGGAGAAAUAUUCUUUGGUAUAAUUGCUGGGGGGAAAAAAUAAAACAACAACCCAGAGACUGUUUGGACUGUUUUACAUUUUCCUCACGGCCAGCUGUUAUGAGAAGAACUUGUCAUCUUUUUUUUUUUUUUUUUUUUUUUUUUUAAAUCUUGUAAAAUCAUAUCUUAUAUCUGGAUCUAGAGAGUUUAUUUUCCUGUACGAUCCUCGGCAUCGCUCGUAUUGGUGUCUUCUCGCUCGUCUGGAUCUCUCUUCUGGAAAUGGACACGCUUCGAGUGGAUUCCAGUUUCGAUUUCUGGGAAAUUAGCACGCUUUGGGGCACGGUGCUUUGUUUUUUAUUUGAUUUUUUGUAAGAAUGCUAGUGUUUAAUGGACGAAUAAGAAAGACGUGAACUUGUGAAAUGGCUUCUGUGUCUCGGCCCAGGAUAGUCCCCGAAUAUGAUUUUAAUGGGAGAAAGUAUCCACAUUUAUAUAUUUAUCCUCGGCAGGAUGGUCAGACUGUAUGUGUUUUAUUCCUAGAUUUUAAUCCAGAAAAAACUACACCAGCACCACAUCAUGAACCACUUAUCUGUGGAUGUACAUACUGUCCUUUUUGUAUGCUGAAUUCAAAAAAAAAAAAAAAAAAAAAGAAAUAUUUAUAGAGUAAUUAAAGAUUCUUUACCAGAA